CCUGAACAGAAUUGAUAUUGAUCGACUCUGUGCAGGUCUCUUUAAACAGUUUCCCCAAUACACAGACUGUUUAAUCACGCACCGAGGCAGUUCGCCUUCUUCAAGCCUCACGAUCCACCACUUGCGAAAUUAUCUAAAGGAAUAUACUUCAUACAGAUUGUGAAUAGAACACAUCACGCACGAUGGGCUGUCUUGUCGGGCUCGGGAGAGUCCUAAUUGUUGUCAUCAACAUUAUAUUUCUGAUUCUAGGCUUAGUAUUUUUGGCUGCGGGAAUGAUAUGUUUAGUGGGCGAGUCUAUUCUAAAACCUUUCUACCAGAGCGUGCUGGACUCGCUCGAGAGUCAACUCGAGAGCAACAACUACGGCACCGUGGAUUUCUCCUCGUUCAGUCUCAGUUCCCUGAUUGGCGGGCUGGGCUACUUCUUCGUGGGCCUGGGACUGUUUCUAAUCAUCAUUACUAUCAUUGGAUGUUGUGGAGCCUGCUGUAAAGUCAAGUAUAUGUUGGUCGCUUAUGCUAUCAUCGUCAUUGCAAUCCUCGCCGGAGAAAUCAUCUUUGUUGGAAUUCUAUACGGCUCUCCAGACACGAUAAAAAGCGAAAUUAAAGCUCCAUUAAAGACAACCAUCCAGAGUGAUUACGUGGGAUUUAAUGGGACGAAUAUCGUCAGCCUGGGCUGGAACUUUGUACAUAGAGAGUUUAAAUGCUGUGGUGUUGAUACUUACAACGAUUUUACCGGAGGUGCCAAAUGGAACACAAAUUACGGCACAGGCCUAAAAGCUCCCAUAACCUGCUGCGAAACCAUUCCCGAUGCAACCACUCCAACGUGUGCUACAACACCAGUAAACAUAUACACAAAGGGGUGUUUUGAUGAGGUGUAUAAUAUGCUGCUGGGAAAUGUCGGUUUAGUUGCUGGUUCCAUUGCUGGGUGCGGUGUUUUCCAGCUGGUUUUGAUUAUCUUCGCACUUAUCAUCUUCUGUGACGCACGACAGUCGUCAAAAGUAAACCCAAAUAUGUGGUAUGUAUACUUUCUAAUGAAACAUUCAAUUCCGCAUGUGUGGCUAAAGCCAUGGUGAUAGGAACAGAUAUUUCUUCCAAGCUGAAUUGAUAUUUUAUAAAGCCCAUUGUUUAAGCUAGCCUUUUUGCAAACAAUGAAACAAUUUCUCCAUUAUCGUCAUCAGAAUUCAUUUUAGAUAGCACGGGCAUUUCACGUCUUUGAUACGUGAAGAUUAUUUCCCAUAGUCCAAGGAAUUUUUUUUUUAAGUUUUACUAAAUUUCUUAAACUCAAGAUUUCACCGUAAAUGAUUGUAAGUUACAAUAAUGAUCCGUUUUAUAAAACUUCUUUACUUAAUUCCUUACUUAAUCAUCGUAACUUUACAACAGCCAAUAAGAUAUCCUAAGUUACAAUAAAGAUCCGUUUUAUAAAACUUCCUUACUUAAUCAUCGUAACUUUACAACAGCCAAUGAGAUAUCCUAAGUUACAAUAAAGAUCCGUUUUAUAAAACUUCCUUACUUAAUCAUCGUAACUUUACAACAGCCAAUGAGAUAUCCUAGAUAAGGUAUUUCUCUGAAAAUUGUUGCCCUUAAUGCUGUUUCAGGACAUUUUCAUCGUCGAGUUUUUAGUUACUUUAAAUUACAUUUACUUUAGUGAAACAGAAACAUCAUAUCUUAAGUUAGAACUUACAAAAUUCAUAAGUCAGAAGUAUUUUCGUAAAAUAAGUUUAGUAAAUUUGCGCUGGAAGUACGACUACCGGUUACAUACCUCUUGAACGUUAAGAAUGGUACUACAUGCAUACUGUUUACCGCAACUGGGCAGACUAUUUCAAAAUCGUAUUGUUAUUGCAGUUUGUCUACAGAAUAGAAUUCAUAAAACAGAGAUAGAUUGUAGAUCUGCUAUUUAUUGGUAUACUUGAUGCCGGGAUGUUAAAAAUUGAAAUAAGAAUCACAUUUUGUUUCUAAAAUCACAUCUUAUAACACCUAUGUCAUUCUUCCUGCUGGAAAACCUUUCGUAACAUUGAAAUAAAAGAAGAGGUCAAACUAAGUACCUUAUGGAUCUGACACAGCAACCUCUGUUUAAACAUUGCAUUCGAAUUCUGACAUCAUCCUCGCUCGAUAUAUUGAUUUUAAAAAAAAAACAAUAACAUAGUUCGAUUAAGUUGGCCUCGGUACUGUUGAUAAAAGUGAAUAGAAAACUUGAAAUACUACCCAAGCUUGAAACACUACCCAAGUGAGAAAGUAAAUUUCAAUAUGCUAUUUAUUAGCUAGAGCUCUUAACAAGAUUAAAAUUGAUUAUUUCAGUGUAUAGCGCAGUGGCUUUAUAAUAUUUUUGUGUAGGCAUGCCUUUGUCAUGCAUAUCAGAUAGGGUUUUUUUCUUUAACCCUGUGAAUAAUUACUGAGGAAACUAAAAGUUUUCUUGGUUUUUUUCUGAGAUCGGGUGUGCAUUAUAUUGAAAUAAAAGAAUUAUUUUCAUGUGUAACUAACAUCCAUUACAGCGAACGGGACAGGUAAGAAUGGACGGCCGAUCGAACAUUAUUGAGCUGUCUGUAGUUUUCUACUGUCUAUGAAAUAAAAUCUAUAACACUUUCAUGUAGAAAAUAAACUGUUGAGUUUUUACUACUUCGGUAUACUUUGAUGUAUUUUCUUUUCUUCUUAGUAACUGAAUUUGAAAUCAGUUUGCUCCUCUUCUGAACUAAUCGAAGAAAGUUAGUGAUCAGAAGGUUUGUGAUCAAAGCUGAUCCGGCGUCUGUUCUUCUGUAUAUAUGUCUGUUAAACAUUUCACGUGCCUCAGCUUUACCAUAUCCACUGGACCACGAUGUGCCUUUACAUGGAGGGAACUGAGGAUCUGCUUCGUCUCCCUCCAAAGGGAAAUGAUUAUAAAAUAGAAAACUUUAUAAGUCUGCCGUUCAUAAAACUCUAUAAAAUCACCUGGCCAACGAUAAAAUACAAAUUGUUGCGAAAGCUUUCUCGUAUAUUGUAGAUACAAGCCUGUCUGAUAAUGAUUCUAAGGCUUUGGACUGAAUUAUAAGGAUGAGCAUAGUUUUACGUAUAGAUUUAUUUACACAAAAUCCUUCAAACAAUUUCCAAAAGAACAAUAGAGUAAUGUUCCGUAUGACUCAAAUUUGUUUAAAUCAUGGCCAUUUUUUUGUACCUUUGGUCUGAUUGAGGUCACAUUAGUUUACAGAAUUUAAUUACUACAUUAUGAACAAUUGAUCGACGUGUAAACUUUGGACAUUUUACCCACAAACUGAAUAAAAGUGCGCAGCAUUGUUAAGUUUGUGAGUAAAAUGUCCAGAGUUUACACAUCGAUAAAUUCAUCAAAAAGAAUGUUUGAUUCUGUUCCCUGUAUUAAAAAUAAAAUAAAAAAAUUGAAUAGUUUCCUCGCGUUUUCAGAUUUAUUAAUGUGCAAAUUUUCGUCCUGCUUUAUUUUUAUCCAAUGAAAACAAAUGUAAUAAAUAACAUUGGAAUUAUAUACAAAUAUUCAAUGUGAAGAUACUAUAAUACUUACUAGUUGGAGAUACUAUAGUACUUACUAGUUGGAGAUACUAUAAUACUUACUAGUUGGAGAUACUAUAAUAUUUACUAGUUGGAGAUACUAUAAUACUUACUAGUUGGAGAUACUAUAAUACUUACUUGUUGGAGAUACUAUAAUACUUACUAGUUGGAGAUAUUAUAAUACUUACUAGUUGGAGAUACUAUAAUACUUACUAGUUGGUAAAAUCACGGAUGCUUCGGGUGAGCAUUGUGGCCUCUUGUUAUUUUUUCUUCAGGUGAGAAUUUUAACUAUAGAUAAAUUUUGCAUUCUUUAAAACUGUUACCUUUGUUCAGAUGCUCAAAUAUACCAAUAUUGAAUUAUAUGUUGUGUGCUAAAUACUAAUAAAUGGUUGGCGUUUUCUCUUUAUUUAAGAAGUAAGUUUUGUUGUAAAUUGUCGGCUUCUUCACUUGAGGAUGAAAGCAACAUUUAAAAUUGCAACCUUAGCAUAUACAUGUACUUUUAUUUUCAGAUCGUUUAACGACCCAAACACAGGAAAAAAACCUUCUUAGGAGGAAACACCGAGUUCAUCCUUAGGAAAAUCCAUCUCCAUCCGUAUUUAUUCAUGCUAUAGUGAAUUGAAGAAACUCCUAUUGUGGACUAUUAUAAAAGUGUAUUGUCUGGAAUCGUAUAAAGCAUGGGGGACUGUACGUCCUCCUUUAGAUUACAAAUCUGUUAUCGUCUGCUGCGCAGAGAAUCCCAUGUAUUGUUAAAUUAUUGUACAUAUAUCAAUGAUAAUUUAUUGUGCUUGUUAAGUUGCUGUCUGAUAAUUGAUGAGGGUCUUGAUCUGACCUGAGACGUUAUUACCUAAUAAAACAGUUUUCUAUUGUUUCAUAAAUUUUCUCAUGAUAUUUUCCUUUAAUAAGUUUAUUAAAUGCAUUGAUUAUCUAAAAAGAAAUAUAUUAAAUCCGUAAAAUAGAAGAUUACAUACCUUUAGAAUACGACAAUAUUAGAUUAUAGGGGUUUAUAGGUAGCGAGUAUUGCAGAACAAAUCCUAACCCGCGUAAGCGGCGCGGGUUAUGAAAUUUUUUCUGCAGUGCUAGCUACCUUCAUCGCCCAAUAAAACAACAAUGAAAAGAAUUUUAUCAUCUAUAUUUUAUUUAAGUACUGAAAUAUCGUAUCAUUGACCAUUUCGUCACUUUAAGGUGUCUCAUUACACCAACAUUUUCUUUAACGGUUUUCGUAUGAAGCAUGAUUUUACCAUCGAAAAAGUAAUACAAGCUUUGAAUUAUUUUAUAUGAUUUUUGUGAUAUUUUGUGGAGUUAUAAAAAUGUGUUUUGUUUGGAAAUAAGAGAUUUUAGAGUCCAAGUUUCGCUGUGAUUUGUUGCAUGAAAUGAAUAUCUAAUAAAAAUGCCUAAAAUACUUC